GACAAUAAAUAGAGGAAGAAAGAAAAGGUAUUUUAAAGGGAAGUAAAGACAGUUGAAGGAAAAAAAAAAAAAAAGUAUAUAAUUAUUAGAUGAAAGAAGGAAAAAUUUAAUCAAGUUUUGAUUUUUUUUAAAUUACUGUUACAGUAUAAAAAGGAUAAUUAAAGAAUAAAUUUUAAUUCUUUUUAAUGAAUUGAAACUUAUUACACUCUAAAGAAUAAAUCCUUUUCUCUAUUAAGAAAUAUUAAUAGUCAAUUUUUCCCACACUUUCAAUUUCUUUUCUAACUAUGUACUUCACAAUCCAUGUAUCUCUAUAUCCUGAGAAUUAAAACUUUUUAGAUUUGUAAACAACAGUAUUAACUAACAGCAGCUACUCAAUUUACUUACCUUCAAUUGAUUAAUUUGGUUCAAGAUAUUGUAAUGUUUUUAUAGUUGUGAAAGAAAAAGCUUGCAAAAUUUUCCCUACAUAAAGGGUAAGAAUUUACUUUCCAUCACAUGAAUAAUCUCACCCAAUUCAUGAAUGGAUAUAAUUGCUUAAUUUAGCAUAUUGUUUAGCUUUCAGUGGAAACUAACAUCCAUUAGAACCAACCAAAUUUGAAGUUGUACGAUUCUUUCUCUCCUUCAUCAAUUCCCAACUUCCGAAUCUAACCAAACAAGAAAAAAUUGGAACAGGAAAAGAAAAAAAGAAAAAAGAAAAAACAUAACCAAACCGCAAAAGAACAUAAUUUUUCACCAACUUUUCUUGCCUGGAUUGAUCCCCUCUAAUCCAGGCACCAGUCUCCAUGGAUAGUUAAAGCUAGCUUGGCAAACUAAUCCCUUUUUAAAGUUAAACACAAGAAAAGGAAAAUAAACAGGCAGCAGAAGUUCUUGAAGUUCCUGGCGUACAGGAAAGCUGUCUUUCUUCUCUGUUGUGAAAAAGGCUUCUUGAGUUUUCCUGUACGCCGAUCGAGCUGCAUGCCCUCAUUGUCAAUAUCCAGUACUAAUUAGCUAUGAAUUUCAAUACCCAUAUGUUGUUUUUCGUUGCCUGUUUUUCUCUUCUUUUUGACGCCAUUUAUGUGUCGAGUGCGGACAUAGCAACAUCUUUGUCUUUAAACUGUGGUUCAGAUAAUGGAGGCAAUGAUGCUGAUGGGAGAAAAUGGGAAUCAGAUGUCAAAUACCUUAUUGGAAAUCAUCCACAAGCUAGAGCUCAACAUCAAGAUUCUUCAAUUGUUUCUGAUAUUCCAUUCAUGAAUGCAAGAAUUUUCACAUCAGAAGCAACCUACAAACUACCUAUCAAACCUAAAACCCGGUAUUUUCUCAGACUUUUCUUCUAUCCAUCAGAAUAUGCUAGUCUUAAUAUUUCCCGCUCCUACUUCUCAGUGGUGGCAGCAGGGGUUACACUCUUGAACAAUUUCAGCGCUUCAAUCACAGCUCAGGCUCUGACACAAGCUUAUCUUAUAAAAGAGUAUUCUCUUGCUGGUAUUGAUUCUAAUACUCUUAAUGUCACCUUUAAGCCAUCAGAUAAGUCUGAAGAUGCUUUUGCCUUUGUUAAUGGCAUUGAGGUGAUACCAAUCCAUGGAGAUCUCUUUGGCACGUCGCCAAUUGUGGGGUUCUCUGAUCAAAUUGCUGAUUCCAAGCAUGCUAAUUUGGAGACAAUGUACAGAUUGAAUGUUGCAGGGCAAUAUAUACCGCCAAAUCAAGAUUCUGGUGGUCUUGCAAGAACUUGGUAUAAUGAUGCCCCUUAUUUAUUCAGUGCUGCGAUGGGGGUUGACAUGAAAGCAAACGGGAGGGUUCCGAUCAAGUAUGGAGAUUUUCCAGAGUAUGUAGCUCCUCUAAAUGUUUACGAAACGGCAAGAAACAUGGGACCUGAUUCGCUAAUCAACUUGAAGUUUAAUCUCACAUGGUUGUUACAAGUUGAUCCCAACUUCAGCUAUAUCGUUAGGUUCCAUUUCUGCGAGUUUGUAUUAAUCAGAGUUAAUCAGAUGGCAUUUAACAUUUAUAUUAAUAAUCAAAGUGCUCAAGCUGAUCCUUCGCCAGCUGAUAUACUUGGUUGGACUGAACAACCAGGACAGCCAACAUAUAAAGACUAUAUGAUUAUAGUUAAUGACAAGCAAGGUGAUGACUAUAUUCAAGUAGACUUGCAUCCAUCAACCCUGACAAAACCUGAGAUUUAUGAUGCUGCACUUAAUGGAUUGGAGGUAUUCAAGAUAAGCGAUAAAGACAAUAACUUGGCAGGCCCUAAUCCUGAACUAUCAGCAAUGCUUGCAAAGGAUGUAGCUGAAGGUACACAAAAGGAUUUUAAGAGUACAGAUGACAAAGCUGUGAUUGGAGGUGCAGCUGGAGGAGCUGCAGGGUUUUGUUUAGUGGCUGCAAUAUGCAUUGCUUACAACCAAAAGAAGAGGAGAGUUGCUAGCACAGAACCGCAUUCAUAUAGCUGGUUGCCAAUCUAUGGGAAUUCUCAUACUACUACAAGCAAAUCAACAAUCUCUGGUAAGAGUAAUAACAACACUCACCUUUCCACAUUGGCACAAGGUCUUUGUCGCCAUUUCUCUCUGAAUGAGAUGAAACAAGCGACUAAUAAUUUCACCGAGUCUAAUGUCAUUGGUGUCGGAGGCUUCGGAAAGGUGUAUAAAGGUGUUAUUGAUCAAAAAACAAAAGUGGCAAUUAAGAGAUCAAACCCACAAUCUGAACAAGGAGUUAAUGAGUUCCAAACUGAGAUUGAGAUGCUUUCGAAGUUGAGACACAAGCACCUUGUCUCGUUGAUUGGUUUCUGUGAAGAAGAUGAAGAGAUGUGCUUGGUUUAUGACUACAUGGCACUUGGAACCUUAAGGGAGCAUCUAUAUAGAACGACGAGACCUAAGCUUUCCUGGAAGCAAAGGUUAGAAAUUUGUAUCGGUUCAGCUAGAGGACUUCACUAUCUUCACACUGGAGCAAAGUACACAAUCAUUCAUAGAGAUGUAAAGACCACAAACAUUCUCUUGGAUGAAAAUUGGGUUGCUAAGGUUUCAGAUUUUGGGCUAUCGAAAACUGGUCCUAACAUGGAAAACGGCCAGGUUAUUACUGUGGUUAAAGGUAGCUUUGGUUACUUAGAUCCUGAAUAUUUUAAAAGGCAACAGCUGACGGAGAAAUCCGAUGUCUACUCAUUUGGAGUUGUUCUUUUCGAAGUAUUGUGUGGAAGGCCUGCUCUUAAUCCUAGCCUUCCAAAAGAACAAGUUAGUCUUGCUGAUUGGGCUCUUCAUUGCCAAAAGAAACGCAUUCUUGAAGACAUUAUUGAUCCUCUCAUCAAGGGAAAAAUCAAGCCUGAAUGUUUAAAGAAAUUCGCGGAUACAGCUGAGAAAUGCUUAUCUGAGGCAGGGAUUGAACGUCCUUCCAUGGGUGAUGUUUUAUGGAAUCUUGAAUUUGCUCUACAAUUGCAACAAAGUUCAGACAGUUCAGGGUAUAGCAUACAAAUUGAUGGCAGUAGCAUUUCAGAAGAAAGCCUAGAAAACCAGGCAACUCAUCAUUACAUAACGACAGCAACCUCAGUCCUAGAUCUUGAAUCAAAUAUGAACUCUGAUGACAAUUCCAGUGAUAUCUUUUCUCAGAUUAUUAAUCAGAAAGGGCGAUAAGAUGCACAUUUCUCUUCAGUAAUUUAAGACACAAGGAAACAAUGGAUCAAUUCACUGAAGCAUUUACUUAAAAAGAGGGUGAUCUUCUGCUGUCUGUAUUAAAUGUUGUUUGCUUUUUAUUUAGUAUCAUUCUUUCAGACUGUUUAAUUAAUUACCAUAACAUAGUAACUUGUAGAGUGAAAUUCAUCAAGCAUAUAGUGCUGGACUGCAUGGUUUAACUGAAUCAGCUGCCAUUAUCAAUGUUUUACAUCAAAAGUUGUAACCCUGUAACAUAUUUCAUAGAAAAGAAAAAGUAGAAUUGUUUUG